GAGAUACUGUCAAAAAAGGGAGACCACUGUCACAUUCACACAUGCAUACAGACAGGACUAGCGCCCUCUAGAGUCUAACCCCUACUCAUGUACCUUUCCAUCAAGAUGGCAGCCAAGUGUUAACGUGAUUAAAACUACCAAAGUUCAUGAUACAAGCUGAGUCCCUCUCUCUCUCUAAAUGCCAGCAGGAGGCAUUACAUGGUGGCAGCGGUAAACUGAAGAGUUAUAUGGCAGACUGCAAAUUGUUGGGACAGGUUCGGCUCAUGACGUGGGCGGUGCCUCGAUCCGUCUCCACUGCCUUCACUAAGUUCAUGAGCUUUGCCUGUGAGGAUUCAACUAUAAUCUUCGAGCCUUAUGUCACCGCUUACUGGCACGGGUCCGAGGGACUACAAGAUGCUACUCAUCGAGCAACUUUAGCAGCUCUAGCAAGUUAUGAAGCAGCUGAGGAGAUGGAGCCGUCGGUCACUGGAGGGCGCGAACCGUCCGACUAUACAUUUGGUUUUGUAAAGGAGCAACUUGAUGCUCCUUACACUGGCAAUAAGUUGGUCUUUUGCAAAGACUCCGCCUUUACUGUCGUAGACAACCUUGAGUUUCUCCCGAAAGAUUACCGUCACGUGUUUUUAAUCCGUCAUCCUCUUAAAGUAUUCGCAUCUUGGAAGAAACUGUACCAGAGUUUUACUCCGCAUGAGUUUGAACUUGACAAGGUUGUCCCUGUAAUGUUUCCUCCAGGUUUCUUCUUCCGUGAAAUGGUCGAAUUGCUGGAGCAUGUGAGAGAGGUACACGAUCCCAAGGCAAUCAUCAUAGAUGCAGAUGACCUCCUCUCUGACCCCAAAGGCAUCCUAUCAGCCCUCUUUAAGGAGGUUGGUCUUCCCUUUGAUGAGAAGUAUCUUCAGUGGGAGGCCAGUGAUGCGGUUGUUGAACAGUGGAUGACUAGUAAUUUAUUAAAGAAAGCAUGGGUGCAUCACCAAAGAGCAUUAGAAAGCUUCUCCUUUGGAAAACCUAGUGCUCUGCCCGACCGGUCGUCGUUACCUGACGAUGUCCUCCGUUGCACUGAUGUCUCGAUGCCUUAUUAUGAAAAGAUUUACGCCCAGCGUCUACUGCCAAACUGAUGGACUACGGAUAUCCCAAUAAGCCAACGUCACAACACACGACUAUUGUCUCACAGUUCACUCCACUUCAAUUCACUUCAAUUCAAUUCAAUUCACGCGCGAAAUACAAUAGCUUGGUGGUUAAAUUGGCAGCUCAUUUUCUAAAAAAUUAUCCAAGAAAACCUAUAUGUUUGGAAAUUUUGUUUUCUAAUUAUUUUAUGUGGAUGUUCCAUGAAAGGAAUAUACCAAUAUAAACCACAAUAAAUUGCGUUCGAGCAGACAUAUUAACCUUUACUUGACAAUUAGUAAUGUUCAAUUUUUUUUUUUAACUAUAUAUUUCUAAAAAACCGUAUUGUACAUUAAUUUGAUGUUCAGUGACAGUCUGUUGAGGAAGAUUGACACUUCGUCUCUUUCAACAUUUAAAGCUACUUGAGCGGAAUGUUAUAAAUGGAAACGGUGUUUUAACUUGUUUAUAAUGCACCUGUUCACCAUUUCAAUGUAAUUUGAUGUGUUCACUUUCACUUCUGAUUUUGUUCGUAAUUAUCGAUUAAAAAAUCAGGCCCAACCUUAAAGUCACCUUGAAGUGGUAUUUUGUCAAA